GCCCAGCUCGCUCGCGGUUCCUCUCGGCCCCGGAUGUGACUGUUUGGCUGAGGCGUCCCGCGCCCGGCGCUAGAUGGGAUUGGGCGCCCACGGGUGAGGUCAUCACGAGGCGCCGAGGAGGAAAGCGGGAAGCGCAGUGUCUUCUGGGCCAUAAUGGCAGUCAAGUGGACUGGUGGACAUUCUUCACCUAUUCUCUGCCUGAAUGCAAGUCAAGAAGGCCUAGUCGCUUCUGGAGCAGAGGGUGGUGAUCUUAUGGUUUGGGGUGAAGAUGGGACUCCCUUAGGACAUACACGCUUCCAAGGGGCUGAUGAUGUUACCAGUGUCUUAUUCUCUCCCUCCUGCCCCACUAAGCUCUAUGCUUCACAUGGAGAAACCAUUAGCUUACUGGAUGUCCGGUCACUCAAAGUUUCCUUGGACCAUUUUCAUGUGAAUGAAGAAGAGAUCAAUUGUCUCUCAUUGAAUGAAACUGAAAACCUGCUGGCUUCUGCUGAUGACUCCGGAGCAAUCAAAAUCCUAGAUCUGGAAAAUAAGAAAGUUAGCAGAUCACUGAAGAGACAUUCCAAUAUCUGUUCUUCUGUAGCUUUUCGGCCUCAAAGACCUCAGAGCCUGGUGUCAUGUGGACUGGAUAUGCAGGUGAUGCUGUGGAACCUUCAGAAAGCACGGCCACUCUGGAUUACAAAUUUGCAGGAAGAUGAAACAGAAGAGAUGGAAAGCCCACAAUCACCUGGUCAGCUUUUAAACCCUGCUUUAGCCCACUCUGUGUCUGUAGCAUCAUGUGGCAAUAUUUUUAGCUGUGGUGCAGAAGAUGGUAAGGUUCGAAUCUUUAGGGUGGUGGGAGUUAAGUGUGAACAAGAACUGGGAUUUAAGGGCCACACUUUGGGAGUAUCCCAGGUCUGCUUUCUGCCAGAAUCCUAUAUGCUGCUUACUGGAGGGAAUGAUGGGAAGAUAAUGUUGUGGGAUGUAAGCAGUGAAGUUGAAAAAAAACAGAAGAGCCCUACAAAACAUACCCACAGGAAGAAAACUAAAAAAGCAGCUUAUACGAAGCAGGGUAGAAAUACUCAUGCUCUAGUAACAGAUGAAGAAGAACAUGGCAAAAUUUUACCAAAACUAAGUGUUGAACAUGGAGAAAAGGUGAACUGGCUGCUGAGUACAAAAAUAAAGGGAUACCAAAAUAUAUUAGUAGCUGAUCAAACUAGUUGUGUAUCUGUAUAUCCCUUAAAAGCAUUUUAAAUCCAAUAAAAAAUUUGAAAAACAGCA